AUGGAUGCUUUAAAGGAUUUGACCUACUGCAAUACCUCUGCUUCUGUGCAGCCACAAAGCCAGCAGACUCUACAGAUGUUUAGCGUGUGCACUGCUGACAGUUGCUGUGAGUUCACCUGGUCUCACAUAACAGUCACACAGAGGCAGGGGGCGGACGGCGGCCUGGAAGAUGGUCAUCAGACAGCCCUGCACCGGGCAGCUGUUGUGGGAAACCGUGACGCUAUCUCUGCCCUCAUCCAUGGAAGUUGUGCACUUGAUUUACAAGACAAGGAAGGAAACACUGCUUUGCAUGAGGUAUCAUGGCAUGGAUUCAGUUCAUGUGUAAAGUUAUUGGUCAAAGCUGGGGCCGAUGUCCAAGUGAAAAACAAAGCAGGAAACACACCUCUACAUCUAGCGUGUCAGAAUGGACAUUCCCAGACCGCUCGAGUGCUACUACUAGGUGGAGCGAUGCCCGACAGCAAAAACAAUGCAGGUGACACAUGUUUACACAUGGCUGCACGCUACAAUCACUUGGCCAUGAUUAAGAUCCUCGUGGCUUCUUUCUGCUCCGUGGCUGAGAAAAACCAGAUAGGAGACACUGCGCUUCAUGUCGCUGCUGCCCUAAAUCACAAGAAAACUGUCAAUCUGUUACUGGAAGCAGGAGCUGACGUAAACAUCAAAAACAAUGCAGGCCACACCGCUCUUGACAGAGCCCGGGACAAUAACAACCGAGAUUUGGCUAUUCUGUUAGCAAAAUCCAAUCAGGUGCAGCGGUUUGCUCGUGGAAGAACUGUGAGAAAACGAAGAGAUGUCUUGCGGGCCCAGAGGAGAACUCAGUCCCUCCCCAGAGUUCAUUCCUCCCGAGAGAAGGACUGUACUGAAGUGGCAGAAGACACAAACAACAGUGAUCAAGUACAUCAAACUGAACGGAAAACAGCAACUCUGAGCCCCGGCACCAGGAGAAAGAUCAGGAGCCCAAGAAGACAGUUGGAACAUGUGUUUCGGAGAGAGUAUCAGCUCCAUGAAAGAGGAUCUCCAUCCCAGAGAAUAAAACCCAGCAGCCCCAGCUCUCAGGAGGAAGAGGAAGCUCCUGGAAGAGUCUAUCAGCUUUAUACACUAUACAGGGAUAAAGAUGGACAGAUAAAGCAGGCUCCUGCGAAUGACUGUCAUUGUAAGCCCCUCAUUAAAACUCUGGAGAAUAAGCUGAAAGCCGCAAAGAUGGAGAUACGGUCAGAAAUUCACACUGUCCAAGAGGAGAUCAACUGCAGGCUGGGCAGAAUAGAGCACAAAAACAAGCACCAGAUAAAAGUUCUUGAGAAACUCACACAGGAGCGUGUGUUGGCUGAGGGGAUGGAGUGUCAUUAUCGAAUCAAUCAGAGAGCUACCCUGGAACGCAUGGAGGGCGAGAGAAAACAGCAGGUAGCUGCUUCCAACGCUGUGAAAAGCUGGUGCAUGUCUAAGAUUCAGGAUCUUGAAGUGCGAAUGCCUGCAGAGACACAGAACUACAAACUUCUGCGCUCUCCAUCUGUGGAUCAGUCUCUGGUGGAUUCAGACCCCGAGGGUCUCCCGCUGCUGUCGCUCAUCUCUGAGGGGAGCUCCAGCUCGCUGGCCACUUACGUCAAUGUGUUACCCAGCCCAGGAGCAGGUCCUAACAAUGACGGGAAAAGUCUUGAAUUUGGGGACGCACGUGGGAGGAGAUACUUUGAGAUGAAGCUGAACGGUUCUUCAGGGGAAUAUCGUAACCUGGCAGCUCCUUCAAUGGUCAAACACAAACCUCUAUCACGGAAGCUGGCGACUGCUGACCCCAAGUGGCACCGAGCAGAAGAGCAGGAGGUUGAUGUCUCAAAGUGCAGGUCAGACAAAGGGGAUGAACUGUGUGACAGCAGUGGCAGCAGCAGCCUGUCCACAUCCAGCAAGCGUUUCAACACCAGCGAUACAGAACCAGCACCCGGCCCGGCCCAGCAACACAGCAGGCAUCUAAAGGAGAGGAUUCAAGCACAUCACGCACAAACCCUGCAGAGCAACACCAUGAAGACCCUGGAGGUCACCUUCACCCAAGAGCGGGCAAACUUGCACGCCAUGGAGGUGACACAGCGUUUCUUUGAGACGGUCUCCACACAGCUGGAACGCUGGUACGAGAGGAAGAUCCAGGAAGCGCAGAAGGUGGCAGAAGAGAAAGCUCUGCAGGACAGAGCCAGUCUACUGGAGAGGAUCAGCAUCCUGGAGGAAGAGCUACAGAAGCUUCGCACUAACACUAAUACAAACUCUUGACACAUAUGAUGCUACAUAUGCCUAGAUCUCUUGAUUCUGCCUAUAUGUAAGUCAUGGCCAUAUAAAUGGGAAUGGAGCUUUGUAAACACUAUAGUAAAACACUACAGUAAAGUUUCAUUUCGACCAUGGCAGCAAUUAUUAUGUGUAGGUUAAGCUAAUGGCACAAUGAUUCUAAUGCUAUGUUAGCUAACUGAGUAUUUCUUUACUCAUUGU